UAUGACUUAGCCAUGCGACUCCAGCAACACAUGCCGUGGCACAAGGUACGACGGCCAGACAGGUACCAUCCCGUUUGCUAGCCGGAUGGACGAUCGCGCGGUACAGAUCGGUGCGAGCGCGUAAGAGAAGUCACAGGGAAGAUUUCUAAGUGCGAUCGGUUUCGGCAGCUAGUCCCGGCGAGGGCGAAUCUUAGUAUCGCUGAUGCCGCCUAUAGGCUGACGAGUGUAAAAACGCGCGCGACAUAAAAGAUCGAGGCACGUGAGGUCGGUGCACCGGUUCGAAAUUCGAUCUCGCGAGCGUAGCGCGCGAUUCAUGCCGGCGACUCGACUGACAAGACGAGAGCAAGUUCAGUGAAGAAGUGCGGAGGGGAUCAGUGAUCUCUCGAAGAGGAGAAGCCACGCGGAAGGAAUCCAAGGGCAAGGUCGCGUUUCCUCUCUCUCUCUCUCUCUUUCUCUCUCACGCGGAAGCAGACCGGACGAACGGACCUGUCGUUUGUCGGAAUCAAAACGACGUUAUGAGACGCGCUUAACGUGCCCUCUCGGUUGCAUCCAAGGUUAAUGCGCUGCACGAUGGUUACUGGGAAAGGUGUCUGUCUGCUGUUCAUCUUCCUUACUCUGACGUGCGUCUUUUCUCACCCCUGGACGCCUCAAAAUGAAGGCAGAAAGUUGUUCGGCGGCUACACGAUAGUGCCGAAGGCGUGCCGACCGUCAUUACCGUCGCGCAUCAAGUCGAGCGAGCCGCCGAUAUGCAUGUUUAAUUACGAAUGCACACGGCGUAACGGCGAGGUCGUCGGCGCCUGCAUGGAUGGCUUCCUCUUCGGUGCCUGCUGCCAAUUACCGCCGAAGAGCUCGAUGAAUGGAAACGACGAUCCGCCCGGCACCGAGGAGAUAGUUCACGGUAUGCAUCCGAUCGACCAUGUACCCGAUAUACCAAUCCUGCUGAAUCCAGACGGCACACCGGUCGGCAUGUCAGUGUCACAGAGCGAUGACACUACGGAGAUGAACAAACCGAAUGUCGCAAGCGGUGACGAGACGCUAUAUACGAAAAUUUCUAGUUCGAAUCAAGCCUCUUUGCCGACACUAUCGCCAUUCGAUACGACAAACAAUGCUGAAAAAACACAGUUGCCUCAACAACAGUUGCCUCAACAGGCGGACGUAAGUCACUUAGCCGACGAUUUCCCGGUUCUUCUGGGUCAACAAGACAUCAUCGAUGAUCUAAGAUUGCCAGGACUGUUGACGCAUUCAGAUAAAGAUAACGACAUUCAGAAUCACCAUGAUUCGUCGGCGGCAAAUCGUCCGAUCACUACGUUGCUAAAUGCCGAUCAGAUUCUGCAGAUAGCGGACCCGGUCGAUCAGCUUCCGGCAUUGUUCUCGCAUGGAUUUGGCACGAAUAAUCACAGCGAUCCAGAGACGAUAUUAUUAAAUGAAAAUGGUACGAUGCUCGAAGAGACCAACAAUCCGGAUGAGAUCUUCCAACCUUCUACUGAAACGUCGAUCGAUAAGGUCACGCAAGCAGGAAGCACGUGGAUCAAAUUCUCGGAGCAGCCUGCAUCUUCCACUAUAGAAUUAACGUCCACGUCGAUAGCUCCUAAAUCGACAUCCAUGAUAACGAAUAUACCAGUGGCGACUCAAAUGUACACCAACGUGCAAAAACUUACAAGCGAUCUGCCUAGCACACCAAUGACGACUACAACAAGCACGUUCGAAAAAAUGAGCACAGUCGAGAAGAAGAUAUCUACGAAAAUGACAUCGGAUUCAAUAAAGAUCGAAGCUACCACGCCCAUGACUUCCUCUAGCAUCAAGGAUGACCUGGUGAAGGUACCGACCAUUAUAUACGAUUUGCCGUCGGGCAACAAGAAGAAAGAUGACGUUCUCGACAAAGAGGAGAUCGCCAUUAAUCACAUUAUCUCUAUCCUAAAUGACACCACGCCGAAUUCGGACGUAUCGGUGACUCUGCCGGUUCCCAAUUCCUCGCCGGUUCAAGCCUGGGUGAGUAUCGACGAGACCUCGAAACCCACCCACGUCAAAGUCGGCUCUUCGAAUUACCCCACGACGCCAGCAUCCUCGACUUUCCCGUAUAGUUUCUACAAACCAGGUUCUCUACAACCUAAACCUUCCUCGGCGUACUACAACUACGAGCUCGUACCCACCCAGACUUACACGUCGCAUUAUCCGACCUCGAACGGGCCAUACGGCUCACGGCCAUCCACGCAUACCUACUCCGGCGCCACCAGCAGCAGUUUCAUCAACAACCGACCUACGACGAACCCUCCGGCGCCGACGGUGAUAGUCCUUGGUCCGCUUGGAACAAGCUUUACCACGCAAACUACUCAGAAACCUGUCACAAGAAAGCCUUCCGGCACAACUAUCAGGCCUGCUUCAGUUUCGAUUAAAACAACUCCCGUUAGACCUAUUACGUUAAUCACCAAAAAGCCCGGAGUGACUACUACCAUAACUCACAACAUCAGCACCGUCAUCUCCAACCUUGCCAAUAACAACGUAGUCUCUACUAGCUACAUCAGCGUCAAUUUAAAAGACGGAACCACUGCGAGGCCGGUAGUCAGCACUCAGGCGAUCGCGACGCAAACCACGAAGAAUCGGCCGAGCACGAAAAAGCCCGUGAUCUGGACCACAGUCUCUUCGUGGUCGGGCAAGCCGACAUUCAAUCUGAGACCGUCGACCGGCGACAACUGGUCAAGCAAUUUAACGCCGGUUAAUAAUGUUAUAUUCAAAGAUACGGUGAAGACCACCACCGCUGAACCUUGCGACGAUGAGACUGCGGCACCGGACGAUCUCAUCAACUUCCCGCCAGUGCGAAAUCCGAAUCUCAACAUCUCCAUGCCGAUUUCACAGCAGGAGAAGCCAACGAUCGUCGAAACGUACAAUAAUACCGGCUAUCCAGACAUCGAGCUGAUCAGCGAACACGAUAUCCCGACGCCCACGUUCGUUGAGGAUGAUGUGCUAACAAACAAAGUAGAUGCUUUUGUUAACAAGCUCGUCGAGUCGCUGCAGGGUAACUUCCAGAAUCUACAAGAAAUAGUCUACACUCGAAAUGGCACCGAAGAGACUUCAACAACAUCUUCUACCGUAACGAGAAGACCGACCAGUGGAAGUACCACGACAAGAAAACCUACUCGAAAGCCCACAACUAAACCAUCGUCGACAUCGUCGGCGACGACGAAGAGGCCAUCCGCGACAACGAAGAGGCCUACUCGUCCUACCCAGAGACCGUUGUCGUCCGAGAAACCGACGCGUCCUAAAGCAACUACUACUCCGAGACCUAAACCGAGCACAUUACAGAACGUCACGACAAAAAGGCCCCAAGGGACGACGACAAAGCGUCCGAAACCGACGAAGAAAGUUACGACUACGCCAUCCAGCAGCACGGAGGCGAUUCUAGAAGACCAGAGUGUGAACACGACUGAAAGCAGCGUUGCAGAAACGGAUGCCGAGCCAGACUUUCGGACUCAAUGCGGCGUGAGACCAUUGGUCUCAAGAUCGGGAAAAAUAGUCGGCGGAAAGGGCGCGCAGUUCGGAGAAUGGCCAUGGCAGGUCUUGGUUCGCGAGGCGACCUGGCUCGGCUUAUUUACGAAGAACAAAUGCGGAGGUGUACUUAUCACUGAUAAAUAUGUGAUAACGGCAGCCCAUUGUCAACCAGGCUUUCUGGCUUCUUUGGUCGCGGUGUUCGGCGAAUAUGAUAUUUCGGGCGAGUUGGAGUCAAAGCGCAGUGUAACGAAAAACGUUCGCCGCGUCAUCGUGAACCAUGGCUACGAUCCGGCGACAUUCGAGAAUGACUUGGCGCUUCUGGAGUUAGAGUCACCAGUGAAAUUUGACGAACAUAUCGUGCCGAUUUGCAUGCCGGAGGACGGCAUCGACUUCACCGGCCGAUUCGCGACGGUCACGGGUUGGGGUCGACUUAAAUACAAUGGUGGUGUGCCGUCGGUGCUGCAGGAGGUCCAGGUACCCAUAAUGGAGAAUUCGGUUUGCCAGGAGAUGUUCCAAACCGCCGAUCAUGUAAAAAGAAUUGUGGAUAGCUUUCUCUGCGCUGGAUACGCUAAUGGCCAGAAGGAUUCUUGUGAGGGUGACAGUGGUGGCCCGCUAGUAAUGGAACGACCGGACGGCAGAUGGUUCCUAGUCGGGACCGUUUCUCACGGCAUUAAAUGUGCGGCUCCGUAUCUACCGGGUGUGUACAUGAGGACGACUUUCUUCAAGCCCUGGCUCCACAGCAUCACCGGUGUCUGAGAAGCUGGGCCACAAUCGUCAUCUCACGUUCUCGCGUAAUUACACGCGAGCGGCACCGGAUGCCAUUCUGUAUAAAUGUACAAAGGAAGCCUAAUUUAUUUUCCCCCUCGAGAUAGACCGUAUGAAACUCAAUUAAGUAACACAAUCGCAGAUAUAACCGGACUUGAAUGUCAGAGGGCUUUCUCGAUUUCUGAAUAAUAACGAGACGUCCCGUUUUCUUACGCAUCCGUUAUUUCGUGUUUUCCAUUAGUGCAACGGAAGUAACACUUGCAUAAGCAGCAACUUAUACCAAGCAAACUUUACUGUAAAAGCAGAGAAAGAGAAAGAAAGAAGAGAAAGAGGAUAGAGAGACAAGUACGUCAACUUGGGUCUCAAGUUAUUUAAAUUUCGAAAUAGAAUUCUAUGGAAAUUCUUUGUCUGCGGCAAAAUACUGCUUCUCGGCGCACAACCAGUGCCCGAUGUUGCAUUUAUGCGUAUCAAUGUUUAAACUCGUCCUUAUGCGUGUGUAUACGUAUUCGCAGAGUCAUCAUUGAAGUGGAUUCAGAGUAUCAGAAACUCUUGUUAUUACUCCUGAACAACAAACUCCUAUCGUUUCCUCCACACCAUCUCACGAUCGAAGAAACAGCAAUGCAAAUAAUUCACAAUUUACGUCACUGCUCUAUAUAAAGAGCUCCUUUUAGCUAAUUUAAAAUCGAAUUUUUUUAACAAAAUUCUUUAACGAAAGUUUUAUUGUUAAAAGUAAUUCAUAUUUUUAACAAAUAUUUUACAUAACUUCGAAAUAAUUCAAACAUAAAUAUGAGACGGCCUAUAUCGAUCAUAACGGAUCUCAGUGCUAAAUAAUAAUUUUUACAAUCUCCGACUUAUGCGAUAUGUGCCACAUAUUCGUCAGACUUGAAACACAGUUAUCUUUAGAAAUAAUUGGCUCUUAAACAGUUUUAUUAAAAAAAAGCCGACUCCAAAUUAAUGAUAUUUCGGCAUUGAUAACAAUUUGAUCAAAGGCACGUGAGCAAAUUUUGAAUUAUUGCGCGUAUGUGCGAGUGAAUUUCGAAAACCGCAAAUAUUUUUCCUCACAUUUUCUGUCUCUGCCUACUCCAUGAAUAUUCGCGUCGGCUCUGCGAUAUACACAAAGUGCAUAAAGACGAGCUAUAAGCCCUAUUUAUUUAUUUGUUAGAUGUUAUUUAUUAAAUACAUUUUUAUACGAUAACAACAUGUGGCUAUUUUAUUCACCACCUCCACGCACGGAAAUAUAAUAAGACAUCAACGACUUCAUUUGACGUCACAUCGCUGUGCAUAUUACGCGCUACAAUCCUCGAGGUAAUAUUCCUAUUAAAAAUAGCGACAAAUGUUCUCCAAAUCGAUCGAACUUUUAAUAUACUUAUCAUCAUUACAUAUGAACAACGUCAUCGCGCUUCAUAACGUCGUUGCU